AGCUUAACAUAAUGUCUGGUUUGUUUAUUUCAAUGCGCAAGCGUAUUGGCAGACAUGUGAUGGAUCAAAAACCCCACAGUUUACGUGCCCCAGACAAGCACUUUGUUAGACUGAACAUAGCAUCAGGGCCAAGCAGCUGAUCUUUCAUUCCGGAAACGACAACAGGAUCACAAAGUUGUCAUCCCUGCUGGAAAAGUGUUCAUACAAACUUGACCUUGGCCGUUGUUGGGCGAUUGUUUUUCCUUGUACCAAGAACGUUUGUUCCGCGAUAUCGCCAAACGCACAGAACGCAUUUGCAGAAACGAGCGCCGCAACAUCCCACUGUGACAAACGGACCUGCUGUUAUGUCGCUCGACACGGUGUGUCUGCAAGAGGUGGAGGAGGCGAGAUCCAGACUACGAACCAGCAUAAGAAAGACUCCCCUUGUCCCUUUGAACAAUGGCGAAACAGACUCACAGACAAAGAUCUUCCUGAAACUAGAGAAUCUUCAUCCGAUAGGAUCCUUCAAGAUACGCGGUGCCUGCAAUGCUGUAGAACUGUUGCCCAAAGCCAAGCUUCAGAGUGGAGUCUACACUGCCAGUGCCGGAAACUUCUCCCAAGGACUGGCAUGGAACGCGCAAAGGCUCGGAGUUCCUUGUGAAAUCAUUGUUCCCGAACACGCCCCUAGAGCCAAACUGGAACCAACAGAAAGACUUGGAGGCAAGGUGACUCGGGUAGCGUACGACAGGUGGUGGCAGGUGAUCAUGGAACAUCACUAUGAAGAUGCCUCUGGGACCUUUAUACACCCAGUAUGUGACAGGGCGGUCAUCGCUGGCAAUGGCACCAUUGGUUUGGAAAUUUUGGAAGACCUUCAAGAAGUUGAUUCCAUUAUUGUCCCUUAUGGGGGUGGUGGGUUGUCAAGUGGAAUAGCCCUGACUGUGAAAGCAAUACGUCCUCAGACCAAAGUGUAUGCAGUCGAAGUUGACACAGCGGCGCCAUUGUCCGCUGCCCUUGCGGCAGGAAAACCUGUACCAUGUUCUUACACUCCUACUUUUGUGGACGGAAUGGGAUCCAAAUCAGUUCUGGAUGAAAUGUGGCCGUUGGUCAGCAAAGUACUUGACGGUUCUAUAGUUGUCUCCCUUGAAGACAUUGCUAAUGCUGUGAGACUAUUGGCUGAGAGGAAUCACGUGAUUGCUGAAGGGGCGGGGGCUGCAGCAGUGGCGGCUGCUCUGACAGGGCGGGCAGGGGAGGGAAAUAUUGUAUGCAUUAUUUCAGGGGGCAAUAUUGACAUUGAUGUUCUCAUAAAUAUUUUACAAGGGAAAACUCCAUAACCCAUAAGACUUUGUACAGAAAUAAUGUGUAUUUUCCAUUUGGCAUAUUAUAUCAUACCAAGUUAUGACAGUAGCAGUUAUCUUUGGAAUCUUUAUUCCCAGUACUCACCUGUAUGAAAUUAACAUAAGGGUACCUUGAAACCCGCUAUUAGGUAGUCUUGAUUGACAUUCUUUGUUUAUACUAUAAACAGUUAACCAAAGGUAAGCUCUGACCAUACAACAUUCUUCUGAAAUUCCUUACACAUGUCUUUUUGAUUUUCUGAAAAGUGUGUUUUCUCCCUAUGACUUUGCCAGUGUGAGCUUAUAUUAGCACUGAAACUUAAUAUCCCUUGUCCUAAUUUAUUGAACAUAUCAAUAUCAUUUUCACAUAAUGUUUUACAUGUGUAGCAGCCAUAAAACUUUGAUGGGAUUCGAACCAUGGACCUUCUAAUCCGAGGCCGGACGCCUUGUCCACAUGACCAAAGAGGUUAACCCCGUCAGCAAGCUGACAUGGUAAGGAUGUCAUCUGUGGGAUGACUCCAUGC